UUGAAUGUAUUCAAACUCUCAUUUUUACAAAGCGUUGCGUAAUUCGACAUUCGUUCAUUCGUCACAUCGUUUGCGGGCAAGAUCUUAUUUCUAUUUUGCUUAUUGCUUGCUCGGUCGACUCAUUCGUUCGAUGUUCGGUUAAUAACUGUGCGUCCUACCUAUUUGCUGUUAUGAUCGCUUUUUUUACAUACCUAAAUUCAGGCUUGUAGCAAAUCGAUCCAACAUUCAAUUUCAAAUAUACGCAAUUGUUCCUUUUCUAACUCUCAAAUAUAUGCGUGUAAUUACUAUUAUCUAUAACUUAAAUUUUAUCAAAUUGUAAUUGGUAAUUAUGUUUUGGAAUAUAUUUUAUUUAUUACUUAAUUUUGCAUCUGUUAUAUAAUUUUAUUUCUAUUUAUUUGACGAUAUAUGUUACUGAAAGUAUUUUUACGCAACACAAAAAGUCACACAAUUAAAUAAAAAGAAAAUUUUGUCAACAGGAGUAUUCUUCGAUGAUGUCUAUCUGAAAUAUAAGGAACAUCAUGCUUUUGGAAUGUACACAUUUUUUAAACCAAAUUUGAUAAUAGCCGAUCUCGAUCUUAUACGAACGGUGAUGACAAAGGAAUUCAAAUCUUUUCAUGAUCGUGGGAUGUUCUGUAACGAAAAGAUUGAUCCAUUAACCGGCAAUUUAUUUCUUAUGCCUGGAAAAAGAUGGCCAAAUAUGCGCGCUAAGUUGACACCCACAUUUACUUCAGGUAAAAUGAAGCAAAUGUUUGCUAUAUUGAAAGAGUGUGGUGAUGAACUCGCAAAGCAUCUGGAGAAUAAUGCUCAAACAAGAGAUACCAUCGAAAUUAAAGUUAUAUUAGCAAGGUAAAUUAUUUUUAACAAAACCGUUAUUUAAUCAAAGUUCUUUUAACAAAGAAAAGAAUUUUUUAGAUAUAAACUUUGAAUUUUAUUAUUUACCGAUCUAUGUAAAAGAUGACGUUACUCGGAGACUGAUUUAUCAACUCUCAUUCUAAAAAAAUAUAACAUUUUUAUCAGUACUAGAGUCUUAUAUAUACGAGAUAUACUGAAAAAAAAGACUGGUAAUAACUACCAAAUGUAUAGUGAAAUAGGAUCAAUUAAA